AUGUUUGCACGCAAAAAAGCUGAAAUAGAUUGGAAGUUAGUAGACGGUGCAUUUACGAAACAGAGACGAUUGCAUUUGGUGAAAGGCAGCGAUGGGCUAGACCAUUGUCCAAUAACAGGUUGCGAGCAUCCAGGAUUUUCUAGUCAAAGAGGUUGUCGUAAACAUGUGAAAAUAAAACACGGUUGGUAUUACUAUUUUGACGAGAAACCGAACGUAUCCAUCGACACUUUGGUCACUUCGCAGUCUGCGCUGAAUGGAAUUGAUGAAAAAGGUUCCAAAACAAUUCCUAGCUGCUCUACAGAUAAUGAUUUCGCACGUUCGUUUUCGCAGUGGCUUCAAAGUAGCUGUGGGGGAGGGAAAUCUCGUAAACAAUCAGACAUUUCUGUCACGAGAGCUUUAAAGUUUGUCAAGUUUUGCUGCGACGAGAGUGGCGACGCCGAACAAGACGUGUUAAGUUCUCCAAAUUUGAUCGAUUACGUGUUGGGAUCUCCACAACUCUUGACAAAAUUCGUCGACUGUCUGAAGGACAAAUGGGGUAUUGGUCAAUCGGGACGGAUAGCGUACGUUGGAAGCAUAUCAGAUUUGCUGGACUUUCGUAAAUUCAAUCGUCCACCUGCAUCAGUUCUUCAAAACUUUGCUGUUACCGAGGGUUAUGUAAAGAGAGCGCGAAAGUGCUUAGCAAAGGACAUGAGAUCAAAUUGGACAACCGAAUUAGACGUAGAAACCCUAGAAUCGCGUAGAAGUUGGGCAACACUUUCCGAAGUUCAAUCAGUAAUUCCAUUCCACAUGGAAC